CUUAAAACAUGUUCAGGGGUUAACAUGACAGAUGGCCGUGUAGCUGAGAACUUUAUCAUACAGUCAGUUGAUGGUGAGUUCAGCUCCGAACUGCCUCGUUUGCUCGAGUGUGACGCACUGCCUGACAAUAAAUCCGAAAUUGCAACUCCAGAUGUUACUCUCGCACAUCCACACCUUAGACACUUGGCAGGUAAAAUCCACCCUCUCGACACCAACGCCGAGAUUAUGUUGCUAUUGGGGAGCGACAUAGUGCAAGUUCACAAGGUGCUUGAAUGCAUUAACGGCCCAGUUAAUGCUCCAUUUGCGCAGAAACUGGCACUUGGGUGGGUUAUUGUGGGCGAUGUAUGCUUAGGGGGCACUCACAAACCUCCCAGAGUAGCCACUGACAGAACUACUGUUCUACAAGACAGGCGUCCCAGUCUCCUACCACCCUGCCAGAAUAGUUUCCAUGUCAAGGAACAUUUCCAGGUACCCAGUGAGCCACAGGCCACUCGCACUGCACGUCAAAAAGAGGACUAUGUGUUUCAACUUCAACAAACUGAGAAUGAUGAAAGGGUAGCCCCAUCACUCGAAGCCAAGCAGUUUGUACAAAGACAUUUCUACGUUCCCACUGAUUCAGAGACAGCCAAGCUUCUUAAAGACACUCAAGAACUGCUUGCUGCUUUCAACUUAAGUCUUCACAAAAUAGCCUCAGACAGUCCAAACAUCAUGGCAGCAUUUCCCAAGGAAGAUUUAACAAACGGGCUCAGGGACUUCAACACUGAGUUUCUAUUGAAGCCUACAGCGAUCGACAAAAGCGACACCUUCCAACUACAAGACCUUGAAACGGAUACAGAGAUUCGUCUUUUGCUCACAGCUGUUUCCCAAGCGCCGCCAUCUUGCCUCAAAUCAUCUAAGAUGCAGGCCUUCUCCAGCAUGGGAAACAAUUGGGAGCUGAUGAUAGGGACCCCACGAAGGAUCUUAGACUGUCCACUUGCUCAACUUGAACCUCAACGCCUCUCUCAUGAGGUCACGGCGCUUCCUUCAGGCGACUUUGAGGAGAAAGACCUCCGCCGGCAGCAGUGAAGUCAGGUCUGGAGUUUGGCGAACCUUUUCUGGCAUCACUGGCGAGGGGAUUGCCUUUCAACUCUGCAGUGUCAACGGAAGUGGCAUUCUGCAGGACCCGGUCUUCAACCGGGGGAUGUCAUCCUGCUCGGGGAUCCCCUGACAGUGGGGAACCAAUGGCCGAUGUUACUCAUCGUGAAGGUUAUCUCAGCAGUGAUGGCUAUGACAAAAAGAUGGAAGUCAAAGUGGUCAAACACGGUAAUGCUCAAGUUUACCUGAGACCAGUAACUGAUGUUGUGCUUCUUUUGUGGGGUGAUGUUAUACAGCAGAAUUAGUUUUGGUGGUUAAGAGUGACAUCUUCUAGAUGUCAGGUGGGAAGUGUUCUGGCUCCUGAAGAGCCAUGUUAUAUUUGUUUCCUAUUUUCUAUAACUACAGAGCUGCUUUAUUUUGUAAGGUUAAUUCAUUAUUGUGAAGGGCACACCGGACGUUGUGGAGUGAGACACUUCCGGUUUAACGUUGCACGGGGAACCU